ACAAGUAGCUUCAGCAUCAAGCCCGAGCUUCCACAUCCCCGCGAGUGACCUCAUCACCAGAUAACCGCCUGAUCACUCAUAUUCAUACACUCACGUUCUGCUUCACGGGUAGAGACAUUCUAGCGCGUGUCCUUCAGCUAGACUAAGAGUCCAAGGUCUUCUUCUGCACGCGCGAGCCUCUCAUUACGGAAUAAAGUCUGGCAGACGUAAUAACAUGACGCAAUUACAUGUCGAACUCACAUCGAAACUCCUACGAUGGACCAUCGCAAGCGGCGGCGGAUCCCAACCCUCCCACCUACGCCGCCUUCGCGCCUUCGUCUGGUCCACAGAGUAGCACUGUGUCGCAACAACGUUCGACCAUACUAGUACACCAAAAGAGCCCUCUUCUGGUCGCAACUCCACCACAAGUCACACGAGUACUCGCAUUCUCGCAUCCGUUCAUCUUGACAUUGAGCAAGAUCGUAGGGCUGAUAACAUGGACAACAGGAGAUCCCUGGGAAAGUUUUCUUAUGGUAGCCGGCUUCUGGCUACUGACAAUAUAUGGAGAUUUGGUUGUAAGAUGGGCCGGGCCACUCGUGGUGGUCGUAGGGAUCAUAAUCGGAAUGUAUUCAAGAAGAUAUUCUCCUCUGUCAUCCACAGGCUGGACCGGCGAGAAACAGAAAGGGCACAGAAGAGGCGAUCCCGAGACCACCAACACGAGGCACCAUAAGAGCCUAGAAGAGAUCGUAAAUACCGUCAAACUGUUCACUUCAAGGUGUAACAUACUACUGGACCCUUUUCUACGAUUUACAGACUUCCUAUCCACGCAAAGAACAGCAACAUCAGCAACCACUAGGCCCGCCCUGACAACAAUGUUUAUUCGCAUAUUGCUCAUCACUCCUGUCUGGAUUCUCAUGACGUUGCCGCCAUUGUAUUUGAUAACAACGAAAAGAGUAAUUCUAAGCGUUGGGACUGUGAUUCUGAGUUGGCACUCAAGGCCUGCAAGAGUAUCUCGGCUUGUCUUAUGGCGGUCAAAAACAGUUCGAAAGGUAUGUGCGACGGUGACGGGCUUGAAUUUCGAAAGUCUGGAAAACCAAAACGGCAAGAACAAAACGGAUAGACCACCCCCACUCCCACCACGGACCAGGAGUGCAAACGCAAUCGCGGCAUCUCUCGCUGCGAAGAGAAGGUCUGAUUCCCCAGGUAUCCGCUUCACAUUCUCCAUAUUCGAGAACCAGAGAAGAUGGCUUGGUAUUGGCUGGACUGCAUCGAUGCUAGCUUAUGAGCGGGCUGCGUGGACUGAUGAGACUCUAUUUCCAGCACCGUCGAAAGAUGCUUUCGAUCUACCGGAGGUUGAAGGAGGACAUGCAAAAUGGAGAUGGGUUGAUGGCAGUAUAUGGAGAGUCGAUGGUGCUGAAUAUAGUGAAUCCGAUCCUUCCGGGAGUCAAUCCGUUAAUGGGUGGCUUUUUUACGAUAACAAGUGGCGAGAUGGUCGAAGAGGGUUAGAUGGCUGGGGCCGUUAUACUCGGCGCCGAAAGUGGUAUAGAGACGCCGAGCUUGUUGAGAUCUCCCCUUCGAUGGACGUCACGCCUUCACCAACGCCUCGACUGAGCUCGUCGCCAAAAGCUGGCUCAGUCGUCGGGUCAGAGUCUGAAGCAACAUUGUUGGAUGACACAGCCAAUGAGAGCGACGCUAACAGUCAAGGCACAAGGCGCCGACGUUGGUUCAGAAGAAGCAGCAACUCUGGGAGCAUGAAGAGUGGUGACACAGAAGGAAGUGCGGCGAGCUCUCGUAGGAGUGACGAUGAUAAUGACCUCCACACGCCUGUGCGGCAUCAGCAGCGCCAAGAUGAAUGGAAUUUUGGAGAUGAGGCCCGCAUGCAGCUAGGAUAGAAACAUGACAUUAGCGCGGAGUUACAGGAGCACAUCGCGAUACCAUUAGGAUGUUGACACGCGGUCCCAAUCUGAUAAUGGUGGCUCGAGGCUUGGUCACAUUUGAUCAAGAUUGGUGUGUGCCAUGUCUCAUGCGUGAGUACAAUGUUGACCUGCCAACAUCACGUAAUCAUAGAUUUAAGCAUGUAUGUACCAUGUUGUCCACCACCUGCCAACACACCUCAUUUCUACUCCCACUUCCAUCUCCCUUGCUUGAAUAUUGACAGUCCUGAUACUGCAUCUAUCACGCUCUCUACGCCGGUUGGUGGUGUUGGUCUCGCAUGGCACGUACUCUUGGUC